AUGGCAGCCGUGUAAAAAGCACACUAAACAUUUGUUCGAAAUUCGACCGGCGAUUUUAAUAAAAUUAGAUAAUAAUUAAGUAAAAAGUGUUCAUAUCUGAAUGAAAAAUAACAAAAAAAUUUCAUUAAAGUAAAUAAUUAAAUAUUUAGUCAUAACAUUGAGGUUAUAAGUUGAAUUAUGCCUGUACCUGGAGCAGUAUAUCAACAGGGCCCGUCGUGUUGGGAUCGAAUAAAAAUGGGAUUUGGAAUUGGAUUCUGUGUUGGAUUGGCAUCAGGAGCACUUUUUGGUGGCUUUUCUGCACUAAGGUACGGUUUAAGGGGACGAGAAUUAGUAAAUAGUGUAGGUAGAACGAUGAUACAAGGAGGUGGUACAUUUGGCACAUUUAUGGCUAUUGGUACAGGCAUAAGGUGUUAAUAUUAUUUUUUAAUUAAUCAAAUUAAAAGGUGAACCACUGCGCACAUAUUUAUUCUGGAUUUUGGACAUAAUAAACUAUUAUUAUUGAUAAUCAAUAUAUUCAUACCUUGAUGAAUGCUGAUGAUUAAUCAUUUUUAACUGAUAUUUAAUGAAUUGGGCGACAAAUGAGCUAUUUGAUUAAUAUCAAUCAACA